AUGCUGCCUGCUAUCUGCUGCCUGCUAUGCUGCCUGCCUGCUCCUGCUGGUGCUGCCUGCUCUGCUGCCUGCUAUGCUGCCUGCUAUGCUGCCUGCUAUGCUGCCUGCUCUGCUGCCUGCUAUGCUGCCUGCUAUGCUGCCUGCUAUGCUGCCUGCUAUGCUGCCUGCUCUGCUGCCUGCUAUGCUACCUGCUAUGCUGCCUGCUAUGCUGCCUGCUAUGCUACCUGCUCUGCUGCCUGCUAUGCUGCCUGCUAUGCUGCCUGCUAUGCUGCCUGCUCUGCUGCCUGCUAUGCUGCCUGCUAUGCUGCCUGCUAUGCUACCUGCUCUGCUGCCUGCUCUGCUACCUGCUAUGCUACCUGCUCUGCUGCCUGCUAUGCUACCUGCUAUGCUACCUGCUCUGCUGCCUGCUAUGCUGCCUGCUAUGCUGCCUGCUAUGCUACCUGCUCUGCUGCCUGCUAUGCUACCUGCUAUGCUGCCUGCUAUGCUACCUGCUAUGCUGCCUGCUAUGCUGCCUGCUCUGCUGCCUGCUAUGCUGCCUGCUAUGCUACCUGCUAUGCUGCCUGCUAUGCUACCUGCUAUGCUACCUGCUCUGCUGCCUGCUCUGCUGCCUGCUAUGCUGCCUGCUAUGCUACCUGCUCUGCUGCCUGCUAUGCUACCUGCUCUGCUGCCUGCUAUGCUGCCUGCUAUGCUACCUGCUAUAACUGCCUGCUAUGCUACCUGCUAUCAUAA